CCACCACCUACGCAGAGAAGCGUGCGGGUGGCCCUACGUCGGGGCUUCGACAGCCUGGCGUCUGUUUGACCCACAUCCUACAGCUCCGAAUCCCCAGGCAGUCGGAGAUCACCACAGGGAGCCCCACCUGCGGAAAACACGCUUCCCGGCAGAAACAGGAUAGAGCUCCCUAACCGAGAGCCUCUCUGGAAUGGGAUCACGCUCCGCCCGAGAGAAACGUGCCAGCGCCCACCUCCUGAGCACAGUCCUCACCUCAGAGAGCUACGCAUCCUAACACCAACACCCAGGACUUGUGCCCCGGGGGUUUCCUGUCUUCUCGGGGCCUUCUCAGACCCAGGGCUUUUUCUGGUGGAGGCUGAGACUCACUGGUGUCAUCAGGCCCCUCCAUGAAUGAGACAAACAAAACACGUGUGGGGCCCUCGGAGCUCCCCACAGCAUCCGCUGUGGCCCCUGGCCCAGGCACUGGGGCUCCAGCAUGGCCUGUGCUGGUAGGGGUUGUGCUGGGGGCUGUGGUCCUCUCUCUCCUCAUUGCACUUGCUGCCAAAUGCCACCUCUGCCGCCGAUACCAUGCCAGCUACCGGCACCGCCCACUGCCCGAGACAGGAAGGAGGGGCUGCCCACAGGUGGCCGAAGAUGAGGAUGAUGAUGGCUUCAUCGAGGACAAUUACAUUCAGCCUGGGACUGGAGAACUGGGGACAGAAAGUAGUAGGGACCACUUCUCCCUCUGAGCUCUGGUGUUUGGACACUCCCUGCUCCCUCCACGCCCAACAGCUUAAGGACAGUGGUUAUGACAUUGACAUCAGAGUCUUGAACCUCACGGACAGAGGUGGCUGGGGCUUAAAGGUUGGCCAGGGAUGGAGCAAUCCCCACUUCCCCGCUUCACUAGCCACCAAAGUGGCCAUGAACCCUUUCUUGCUCAGUGACUCUCAAAGGCUCCCUGCUGUUCUCAGGAGCCAAACAAAGGCUCCAGUGUGGACUUAAGGCUCUCUGUGAUCAGGCCUGUGGGCCUCUUGGUUUCUUUUCUUGCCAUCCCCUACUUUAUUCAUAGAAUAAAUGUUAUUCUCCCUCCUGUCACUGCCCAUGCAGUUUCCCCAGCCACCUUUGCUCACAUUGGCCCACCUGCCUAUACUAGUCUUCUAAAUCCUCUCUGACUGUGAUGAAAACCCUAGUCAGUAGGUCCUGUGUGACCUGCCUAUCUGCCAGCAUUAUAAAUGGGCCCAGAUGGUAACAUUUGAGCAGGUGAAAACCAGUGCCAAGCUUCUUUUUUUUUCUUUUCUUUUUUCUUCUUUUUUGAGACAGAGUCUUACUUUGUCACCCAGGCUGGAGUGCAAUGGCAUGUCUUGGCUAACUGCAACCUCUGCCUCCCGGGUUCAAGCAAUUCUCCCUGCCUCAGCCUUUUGAGUAGCUGGGAUUACAGGUGCAUGUCAGCAUGCCCAGCUAAUUUUUGUAUUUUUAGUGGAGACAGGGUUUCACCAUGUCAGCCAGGCUGGUCUCGAACUCCUGACCUCAGGUGAUCUGCCCACCUUGUCUUCCCAAAGUGCUGGGAUUAUAGGCGUGAGCCACUGUGCCAGGCCAGCUUCUUAAUGAAAUAUUUUCCUAUCAAUAAAGUGGGUACUCUGGUUAUAAUGUUUUUCACAGGAAUUAAUCUAUUUUCAUUUUGAAUAAAAAUAAAAAGUUGUCACUCA